AUGAAGCUGCACACUGCUCUACUGCUGAUUUGUCUGUUUAGGACAAGCUUUGCUCUGCCAGUCCAGAUUGGAAUUAUUGCAAGCAAUAGCAAUGAGAUCCUGAGACUGAAUGCAUUAGCUCUUGCAGCUAUGGGACAAGCGCAGGGCUCUUCAAUAUUGCCCCAGUUUGUGCUGCAGCAGCAGCAGCCUGAGGUGCUGCUUACCCCACAGGUGGUGAACUUAAACCCUCAAGUGGCAGGCCCUUUUGGUCCACAGGGACCCCUACUGGUCCCCAACCAGGGCAACCAGUUUACACCCAUGUUUUUCCCCAAUGGUCAACAAGAGCAGCUUGGACCUCAACCGGACCCCAACAAUCCUAACAUUCCUCAGCAGGCACAAAACCCUAUGCAGAUGUUUCCACAGUUUCAGUAUCCAUCUUACAGAUUUCCUCAGUUUCAUAGGCCUCAGGGUUUCCCUUACUUUGUACCAGCUUAUGGCUAUCCCCAGCAGAGGAAUAAUGCAGGGCUGCAGCCCAACAACGGUCAGCAGAACCUGGAAAGAACAACACAGAGACCACAGCUCCCUCUGCAGUUGCUCCAAGGCAGUAAGGACAGUAGCGAAAAGACAUGGCCACUGGGGUCAAAGAAAGAGUCUGCCACAGUUCCUCCUGAUCCUCGUGGUGAUGCAUCUGGCCCUGGGGUUGAUGAGGGCCAGGUUAACUUCCCAUUCCUGUUUGAGCCUUAG